AUGUCUUCUUUAUUUCCACUCGAUAUUUUGCCUAGCUCACAGAUUCCUCUUAUCCUACUUUCCUUCUUGCUUAUUUCACUGAUUUACCUAUUCCUCAUUCCCACUUCCUCACCUAAAGUCUCAUCUGCCCCCCUCUUCAACCCCGACAAAACCACCACAGGAAACAAAAAGAAGAGAUGGCUAUACGACUCUGUCAAUCUUCUCCAGGAGGGAUAUCGGAAGUUCUCCGGGAAACCCUUCAGGAUCUGGACCACAGAAGGCGAACAGGUCGUUAUUCCACCAGACUACGUGGAUGAGCUCAAGAUGCUACCGGAUCAUACAUUCCCGUCUGCACUUCGUCACUUCUUCUUGCACAAGUACCUAUGGCCAAUCGAGGUAUCCAAGUUGGACUAUGGACAUAUUGUGAUGAAGAAUGAUUUGAACAAGAGCAUGAGCCGGAUAUUCCCUGAAAUGCGUGAUGAAAUCGAGACUGUCUUCCCUCUCGAGUUUCCCGACAGUGAAGAUUGGCGUCCCAUCCCAGUCUACCCCAAAAUCCUACGUCUUGUCAGCCGCGUCAACGGAAGGAUAUUCGUCGGAGACCCGCUCCAUCGGAACGAGGAAUGGAUCACCAUAAGCUGCAACUACACGAAAAAUAUCUUUCUCUCAUCCGCGAAGCUACGAUUCUUCCAUCCCUGGCUCCGCCCCCUCGUGCAGUUCUUUAUUCCCGAGCUACGAACCGUCUGGACCUGCAACGCUAAAGCACAAGAGCUUCUUUCUCCAAUUCUGCAAGACCGACAGCAAAAUGAGAACAGGUCCGACUACAAGAAACCGAACGACUCGAUCGAGUGGCUGAGAGAUCUGGUCCCCGAGCCGGAUCGCAAUGAUCCGCUCUUCCAUGCCAUCUCGCAGUUAGGCAUCGGGGCGGUGUCGGUGAACACGACGACACAGCUUCUGACUAAUUCCAUGUUCAAUCUGGCGACGUAUCCUGAAUAUGUGAGCGUUCUGCAAGAAGAGCUCGAUACCGUGUUGAGAGAAAGCGGCGGGCAGUUCACGCUGGAAAGCAUGGGGAAGUUGAAGAAGCUGGAUAGUUUCGUGAAGGAGACGUUGCGGUUUAAUGGGCAUUUAACCGCAACCUUCCAACGCAAAGCCCUCCGUCCGAUCACCCUCUCCGACGGCACCUCUAUCUCGCCCGGCACGUUCACACUGGCGCCGGCCAACGCCGUCAACUUCGAUGAAAGUAUCUACGCCGAUGCAGACACCUUCGAUGGUCUGCGCUUCUAUAAGCUGCGGCAGGCUUCGGCGAGCGAUGAAAAUAAGCACCAGUUGACGUCGAUUACCAAGACGCAGUUGCAGUUCGGAGGUGGGCGACAUGCUUGUCCCGGACGGUGGUUUGCAAGCCAUCAGAUCAAGUUGGUUCUGGCGAAAGUGAUCGAUCGGUUUGAGUUGAAGCUGGACGGGGGUGAGAGGCCGAAGGGGUUAUUGUUUCAAACGAAUCAGUUGCCGGAUCCGAAGGCGAGGAUUCUUUAUCGUGCGAAGCGGCGAGUGUAG